AUGGCUGGCGGAGUUAUCCAAAACAGAUGUGAACGGAGGGUUCUCACGCCUCGUCAGAAGUACGCAAUGUAUGUGUGGACGGACGGCUUUGACAGGGACGUUAGCGGAUGUGGUCUGACUGAGUUCCUCGCCUGGGACUCCCGAGGCCCGUGUUUCACGCACACAUGGAACACGGCAGAGAAACGCGCCUGGAAUACAUGCAACCUCCCGGGGCGGGAAGUAUCCGCCAUCUUUGUAAGCGACGUCCACCAGAACUUAAAGCGAGCCAAGGACACCGCGGACUGCUCCAGUGCCGACAUUAAUACUGUCAGACAAAUGUUGUCUGAGGGGCACAGUCAGGUCCCAAACCUGAAGAUCUACGGUUUAUACGCCACAAGCGAUCUGCCUGUGUCCGAGAGGAAUCUUGUCCAGUACAUCGUCCACUACAACGACAACUGUGCCAGUAAUCCAAAUGAGCGUUUCGAUGGCGUUGCUGUGAAUAACGAAGCUUACGCCGGAAUCAAGUGUAACUCUGAUGCCGAGAGAACACAAUACCUUGAUGCCCUGGCCGAGAUCGCGGUGGAGGCGGAAAAGCAGACAAACGGUCAUCUGCUUACGCACUACUCCAUGGGCUGGCAUUGGGGCAUAUGCGACGGCGCGCCCAGUGCCAUCACGUGGCGGGGAAAUACAUAUAACGCCAAUCACCAUAUGAUUGAUAUAUUCAACAGUACAGAUGUUCAGGUGGGCUACAUCAUCCACCCGCGGAUAUCUGACCGGAUGCGCAGCGGAGGCUAUGACCAUGCCAUGGCGGCCGGCAAAUCCAUAUUUACUACUGUCUAUACCAACCCGACGUCCCUGUGUCAGACCACUUUCUUUCCUAACGGCACGUGUUUCAUCCAAGGGCACAGCGAGGCUGCGAUGUUUGAGAGGUUUGACGAGUUCUCCAUUAACAACAUUACGCAUGCGCGACCAUGCAUCCAUUACUUCCGUGGAAUAUAUUCCACCGGGGUUCACGCUGACUGGCCUUCGCUUUACUCGGGCUAAUCUCCGAUUAUCGGCUGAAUCAACGUCGAGAUGCCAG